UAGAAUGUGAAUAUUAAGUAGUAUAAUUUUGAAGAAAACUGCUUAUUAUUUUAUAGUGAGGGAACUUUAUGAGAAAAGAUCUUCAAGAGAAUUUUAUGUGAUUAAAAAAUCAACUUAGAUGUUUGAAAUUUGGAUUACUGCACUCUUAUUCUUUGGCACAUCAACAGGAAAUGAAGUUUGUUAUGAAAGGGUGGGGUGCUUUAAAGAUGGUUUUCCAUGGACUGGGACUCUAUCAAGACAGUUUGCAGGUUUACCCUGGUCUCCAGAGAAGAUAAACACUCGAUUUCUGCUCUACACGAGACAGAACCCCAAAGUCUACCAGGAGAUCAGUGCAGUUAAUUAUUUAACAAUCCAAGCCUCAAACUUUGGAACAGACAAGAUCACCCGCAUCAACAUACCUGGGUGGAAAACAGAUGGCAAAUGGCAACAAGAUAUGUGCAAUGUGUUGCUAAAAGCAGAAGAUGUGAACUGCAUUAAUUUAAAUUGGAUCAACGGUUCCUUGGAAUAUAUCCAUGCUGUAAACAAUCUCCGUGUUGCAGGUGCUGAGGUGGCUUAUUUUAUUGAUGUUCUCACGGAAAAAUUUGGAUAUUCCCCUGCUAAAGUGCACUUGAUUGGCCACAGCUUGGGAGCACACCUGGCUGGGGAAGCUGGGUCCAGGACCCCCGGCCUGGGACGAAUAACUGGGCUGGACCCGGCGGGGCCGUAUUUCCACAACACGCCGAAUGAAGUCCGGCUGGACCCCUCAGAUGCCAGCUUUGUGGAUGUCAUCCAUACGAACGGCGUUCGCUUCUUCUUUGAGCUUGGUGCCGGAACUAUUAAUGCUUGUGGACACCUGGACUUUUACCCAAAUGGAGGGAAGCACAUGCCAGGAUGUGAAGACUUAAUUACACCUUUAUUUAAAUUUGAUUUCAAUGUUUAUAAGAAAGCAGUGGUUUCCUUCUUUGAUUGCAACCACGCCCGAAGUCACCGCUUCUAUAUUGAAAGCAUUCUCAAUCCCGAUGCCUUUAUUGCUUACCCUUGUAGAUCCUACGAAUCUUUUACAGCAGGAACUUGCUUCCAUUGUCCCAAAGAAGGUUGCCCAACGAUGGGUCAUUUUGCUGAUAGAUUUCAGCUCAAAAAUAUGAAACCUAAUAGAUCAUAUUAUUUUUUAAACACAGGGACUUUUUCCCCAUUUGCCCGUUGGAGACAUAGACUGUCUGUCAAACUCAGUGGAAACAAUGUCACCGAAGGCAGCUUAUUUCUCCUUGUAGGUGGAACAACUGGGAAAACAGGAGAGUUUGCCAUCACCAGUGGAACACUUGAGCCAGGAAUGACUUACACAAAAUUAAUUGAUGCAGAUGUUAAUGUCGGAAACGUUACAAGUAUAACGUUCAUUUGGAAGGAACAUUCCUUUGGACAUUCUCAGAAUAAGUUGGGAGCAGAAAUGGUGAUAGAUAAAUCUGGAAUAUAUGGAUAUAAAUCCACCUUCUGUAGCCAAGACUUCAUGGGACCUAACACUGCCCAGAUCCUAAAACCAUGCUCAUCCCAGAUACUGCCAUGAUGGAUCCACGUAAUGGGGACAGCGAAAAAAUAAUCUCCUUCCAGUCAGUGUCCAAGCCCUACUUGGCCCUUGUAAAUGACAUAGCAAAGUAUACUUGUUUUUUUAUGUAUAGAAUGUUUUCUCACUACAAACUUUUAUAUGUGCCCUAAAAACUGGCUGAGCCCUGGGACAGAGUAUAGUGCUCUGAUCUCUAAGAAUUUGGAUAUCAUAGACAAAAUAGAACUGCGUUGGCAUUUCCCUGAGCGAGUAGUGGUGCAAAAGCAAGGCAGUAUAAACUCAUCAGGAGCAAGUGAGUCUCUGCGGGUUCAGUGUUGAGAGUAAAGUUAGAGGAUUCCAGGGUAAUCAUUGUUCUAAAAUGAUUUAAGGAAUAUUUAUUAUGUUGUGAACUCUUGCUAAGACAAAUUAUGGAUAUAGCUCAUGAUUGCUAAUAGAUUAUAACCCUGUGGGUUGAUCUGUCUAUCUAUUAAUAAUGAAAAUGAAUGAGUGUGUUAAUAUUUCCAAGGUGUUCCUUGGUCUCCAGAGUGUGUAUGAGAAAAAGAAUUUGGAGCUUAUCUGUGAUGUGAAUGUCAGCUAGCAAUGAGGAUGAUCACUCCAUCUUUUAGAAGUUCCAUAGCCCCGGAGAAUUACUCAUCCCCUUUCACCUUGAAGGACCCCUUGAAAAUUUGUAUUUAUCCUGAAGGAAGCAUUUCAUUUAUAAAGCACUUAACAAACCUUUUGUGUUUGCAUUAAUAAUACUGUAAUAUUUA